AUGCCGGACUCUAACAUGACUAGUCAUGAUGGCUCAGCAUCAUGCUUCGCUUUCCCUGCCCCCCUCACCGCUCUAACUUUCUUCAACAGCGAUCUGACGGACUCUGUUCUACUGAGUGAUGAGGGCUUCAUCAGUGACGAUGAUGAUCCUGACGAUGAGUUCUCCGCCCCUUUGACCUAUUUGACAACGUUUCCUGUUGAGCGAUUUCUUUCACCGCUGCCCGAGUCUAGGAGUACCAGCACGUCGUCGAUGAGCCCAGAACCCAAUUGUAGCUCACAGCACGGUCUAUCUGAAAGCGACCCAGAUAUCGGCAACACAGAACCCCAAAUGAAAUACCCCGAUCAUGACUGCUUGUCCUCAGGCUCCUCUAGUUCCAGUUCUGAAAGCGAUGACGACUCUGACAUCCUCGCGUCCUCUCGUCGUUGUUUCCAGGAGGGCAAUAGCCCAAAUAAGCCACUCAGAACCCAGACGAUUGUGUCACCAACACCAAGACUCAACACGGAAACAUUUUCCGAGCCUGACUCAGAUCUGCCGUCGUAUCAUGUGCACCAACUUGACUGGAAUCAUCCGGUCCAUGUUGGUAAGCUCCGCAAGCGCAGCGACCAACAUAACAGGGAGAUCAAAGCACUCGUUUGGGACACGUACCACAUAUUCAGACCGACGGAUAUCCCUGGGAGCUCUCGGUAUAGAACAGAGCUGAAGGACUGGCGAAGACUACGCCGAGAAUAUAUCAUGAACAAACCAACUGCUCAGCAGCAAGCGUGGAGUCAACGGCUUCUACUAGCGUUGUCGGAUCUGAUUAAGAAAAGAAAUAGCUUCUUUGGCAAGAGACCCUAAGGAGCAGACAGAUGUAAG